AUGUAUAAAAAAACGGAACUUCUAGGUUUUGAAACUAUUUAUGUAAAUAUCACACAAAGUACUCAGUCACAUUUGCAAAAGACCUCGAGAAAUACUCAAAUUCAAGAUGCAAUUAUAGCUCGCUAUUGUACACAAGACUUUAUGAUGCACAAUUUUGUAAAGAAGCUUGUGGAUUAUAAAUUCUUCAUUACUCGCGUUUUAUUUCCAAUAACGAAGGAAUAA